AUGAGCAGAAACCCGUUCAUGAUGACGUCCAAGGUCUAUCAAGGAAGUGGCACAUUGCGUAACCGAGUAGAUAGUACAUUGAAGCAGAUUCGAAACGCCUUUGACUCCCAGGAAGCGAAUGAGAUUAUCCUUGAUCCAAAUUCAUCGAACAAAACUCGUGCCUCUGACUUUCCCAAGCUUAACGAUCGUCCAUUAACUGAGAACCGAAAUCCAUCACCGCCCACGCUGUACUGCUUCAGAUUGUCAAUGUUACGUCAUACGGAGAAUUAUCUGGCGGUCAAGCUACAAGAUGGCAGCUACUUGUUCAAUGGAAAUUACAGCAUCAAUUUGUCUGGCAAAUAUCAGGCAGUUGGUACGACAUUUGUUUAUCUUCGUCAAAGCCCUCAGAACUUGGAAAGCUUUUCUGCUGUCGGACCUUUGCAAGAGCCUAUUGAUGUCAUGGUUUUAUAUCAAGACCCGAAUCCCGGAAUUGUAUACCGAUACAUUAUCCCCGGGGGUGCACCUGUUUCUCCGAAUUCCCAUCUUAGUCAUAAAACAAUAUCUAAUAAAGCUGCUGAACCCAUUUCGCCAACUGUUCCUCACAAAAAGAUAGAUAGUGGUCCUAUUAUCAGUGAGGGAAUCCAACCGCAUGUUCCCAGGCGAUACAAGAAAAGGAAAUUUUUUUGGAAACCGAGCGGAUAUACCGAGUGUAGCAAAACUUGCGGCGGAGGUUUCCAGAUACUGAAGUAUGUCUGCAUAAGGGAAUUCACGCAGACGCCUGUUCCCGAUAAAAGGUGUCACGCGUUGGAGAAGCCACGAGAAACGCAAGCACGGUGCAAUACUAUACCUUGUCCACCCAAAUGGAGAGCUGGACCAUGGGGCGAUUGUUCCGUCACCUGUGGAACCGGAACACGCAUCAGAAAUUUAGAAUGCGUACAAGAAAUUACACCAUCGCUGAUAAUGAGAAUAUCUGAUGGUGCCUGCAUAGAACCGAAAAUUCUUUCUACCACGGAAGCUUGCGAAAUGCCGCAAUGCGAAUUCAAACCAGUAAUAGAACCAGUGACGUUGCCACCACCACAGUGGAGUGCAGGAUUAUGGUCUCCAUGUUCUACAACUUGUGGUCCUGGUAAAAGGACGAGAACUGUGUCUUGUAUUACCCAGGGAUUGCCUUGCAAUCUCGAUGAAAAGCUUGAAUCUCAAGAAACUUGUGAUUUGGGACCUUGUACCACGAAAGCGUCACAAACGAACGCGAUUCCAGCAAGAUUACAAGAUCCUACGUGGCUGUACACCGAAUGGUCUGAAGAGUGUUCUGCGGAAUGUGGAGUCGGCUUGCAAACAAGGAGAAUUUUCUGCGAAAAAGGUCCGCAAAAUGAACAGUGCGACGAAUCCGCACGACCUGAAACUUCGAGAAUAUGUUCCAGUAAUAGAACUUGUAGCGGACAGUGGUUUACAGGACCCUGGUCCGAGUGUUCUAUGGAAUGCGAUACAGGAGAGCAAGUCAGAGAAGUAGUUUGUAUAACGACGCUUCGAGGGUCUCUUCGCGUAGUUCUGGACAUGAACUGUCCAGCGAACAAACCGGAAACGAGGAGAUCCUGUAAUGGUCCACCCUGCUCGUCCACGUGGUUCAUAUCAGACUGGACGGAAUGUUCUCGAUCGUGCGGAAAAGGCUAUCAGAGAAGGGAAGUAAAGUGUCUGAAUAAAGAUGGCCAAACACCUGAACACUACGAGCUUCAUUGCAAGGAGAAAGAUCGACCUGCAUCUCGACGGUUCUGUAACGAUUAUCCUUGCAGGGACGACACGCACAGAUCUGAAACGCAUCACGCUGUUCUGCAAGUUCAAAAUGAUCCCGAAGUUUCAAAUGUACUCGAGGAAAAUCCACUUUGCAAGGACAGUAUAGCGAACUGCAAACUAGUUGCGCAAUCGCGACUUUGUACUUAUCAAUUUUAUCAACAGCUGUGCUGUCAAUCGUGCUCUAGAACGAAACAAGAACUCGAAUGAAGAUUCGAGGAAGUAUUGACAAUGUAUAAACUGAAGUGACUUCGUCGAAGGUAACUUCAAAGCGUUAUACGUAUUGCUGUAGACUUACUGCUGCACUGCCAGAUAGAAUUUUUCAUGUCGAUUUUUACAUGUAUCUGAAAAUUAUAUUUAAUACUUUUUGCAAAAUGUGCGUAGAGAAAUUGAUACUUUAGUAGAAUUGACAUAUUAAUCCUUUAUAUAAUAUGUAAUAAAUUAUAAUUUUUUCAACGUCCUAUAAUAUUUGAGAAACAAUUAUUUAUCGUA